UUCCGCAAUACGGAUGCGGAAGAAAUAAGAGUGGAUCAACUUAAAGAGCUGAUAGUGGAUGGGUUUAUUACCUGAUUCCUGGGAAGUUUGAGCGCUGCUGACGGUUUCUGAGGUUUCACAUUUGAACCCUCAAAUCUCUGAUUUCCAGCAUUAAAGUCUGGCUGCCAGCAUGGCACAGAAGGUGCUUGUGACAGGGGGAGCAGGUUAUAUAGGCAGUCACUGUGUGGUGGAGCUGAUCGAGGCGGGGUAUCAGCCUGUCGUCAUCGACAACUUCAGCAAUGCCGUUCGAGGAGAAAACGGUGUCCCUGAGAGUCUGUGCAGGAUAGAGAAGUUUCUGAACACCAAGAUCAAGUUUCAGGAGCUGGACCUGCUGGACAAACCAGGCCUGGAGAAAAUCUUCAACCAGCACUCGUUCUACGCCGUGAUGCACUUUGCCGGGCUGAAAGCCGUGGGGGAAUCGGUGGAACAGCCGCUACGCUACUACAGGGUGAAUCUUACGGGUACCAUCAACCUGCUGGAGGUGAUGCAAGCCCAUGGGGUACACAACAUAGUGUUCAGUAGUUCAGCGACGGUGUACGGCGAUCCUCAGAAACUCCCCAUCGACGAGCAGCAUCCAGCUGGGGGCUGCACAAACCCCUACGGCAAAACCAAGUUCUUCAUUGAGGAGAUGAUCCGGGAUCAGUGCAAUGCGGAAAAGGAUUGGAAUGCUGUGUUGCUCAGGUACUUCAACCCCAUUGGUGCUCACAUCUCAGGCCAGAUUGGUGAAGAUCCACAGGGAAUUCCAAACAACCUUCUACCAUAUGUUGCUCAGGUGGCCAUUGGGAGAAGAAAACAUCUCAGCGUGUUUGGAAACGACUACAAGACGAUUGAUGGAACAGGAGUGAGAGACUACAUUCAUGUGGUGGACUUGGCAAAGGGACACAUUGCAGCCCUGAAGAAGCUGAAGGAUAACUGUGGCUGCAAGGUGUAUAACCUGGGCACAGGUACCGGCUACUCGGUGUUACAGAUGGUGAAGGCUAUGGAGAAGGCUUCAGGAAGAGAAAUUGCGUAUGAGAUUGCCCCCCGGAGGAGCGGAGACAUUGCCUCGUGCUACGCAGACCCUCGCCUGGCAGAGAAGGAACUCGGAUGGAAGGCUGAUUUCGGCCUAGAGAGGAUGUGUGAAGAUUUGUGGCGCUGGCAAUCCCAGAAUCCCACGGGCUUCACUAACGGCACGGUGUAAUGAAACGGAAACGUGCAGACAUGACGACCAGCCUGAACCAAUCCCAACUGAAGCAAAGCCAUAAACCUCCUCCUCUUUCUUUUUCUUUUUUUUAUACACCUCGAUUCAACUUGAAGAAACCUCAUGACACAGCGAAUGCAUUUCUCAACGAUUCUCUGCUAUUUCUAUGUGUUUAAAUUAUUAGCAAGUCAUCGUCUUGUUAAAGGGGCGGUUUAUAAUGUUAGCAUUCCUCAAAGUUAUUUCUAACUAUAGAAAUAUUACACUGGGCCAAAUUUUACUUUUCUGUUUUGUACUUGGACAUGUCAGAGUAUAA